CGUCAAUCAAGUGCACGCUUUACUUCCUGUCAAAAAUAUCAACACGGGGAGACAGCUAAAAGUUACCCCCGAACAAAUGAAAGUUAUGGAUGGUUUAAAGCAGCAAGUUAUGAUGAACCAAUUUAUGUUUGCUACUGGGUGUCAGUUGGAUCAAGCAAAACAGUUUCUAGUCGCUUCUAAAUGGCAGUUUGAGAGUGCCCUUAGCAUGUUCUUCCAAGAAUCUUCAGUACCGACGUGUCGGACGUGCAAUGGGAAUCACGCUAGUGGAAAUUAUUCGUUAUGUGCACCUGCAAAUACUCCUGCCACACCACCAAAUUUCCCAGAUGCUCUCAUGGCCCUAUCUAAAUUAUCAACAGCAGAAAAGUUUAGUUCAUCACCAUACGCCACAUCACCAACGCAAGUAGCACACUCACCUCAUGCUAUGGAAAUUGAAGCCCAGAGAUAAACAUGUAAAACAUGGCAGGCAUUUAUUCAGUGAAAAAUAUGUGAUGUGCUUGACAGUGAACAUUAUGUGAGAAGAACUGGGCUGUGUUUUUUUUUUUCCUGAAUUCUUGCAGAAUUAUGGAUUAGCGAUUAGUCAUUACAUUGUGUGGAGAAAGUCAGUGGAUAUGGCUUGAAAGUAGGUCCAGUGGAUAUUUGAAAAAAAGUUCUAAGAUUUCAUUUCCUGGAUUACUUGUGUUUAUUUUUGUCUGUAGAUCUUGUUUGGUACUGAAGUUUUGACAGAACUUAUUGUUGUCAUUAAUGUAUUUUUGCAGGUAUGACUUCUGAAUCAUUGGUCUUAAUUUUGAUAUGAAUUUAAAAUUAUAACUCAGUUUUUUACUCCAAAUGGAGGGAAAGGCAAUAAUGAACAAAAAUAUUUCACCUGGGUAAUAGUGGUUGUUACAUGUAUUAAGGUGGUUUCAAUCUACAAUGAACAUGUAAACAUAUUUAGAAUUUAUUUGCUUGAGUCAUGUGUAAGAUGCAUAUAUAUGUAUGAAAAUUGGCUUCAGGUAAAACAAGAGCAGCAAAUCAUGUAAAAUGUGAUGUAAUUACUCAGGUUUAUAUUUCACUGUAUCUCAAGUACAUGUCUGCCUCUUAUAAAUUAAUACAUACAAACUCAUUAAAGAAAGGUCAGGGUCAGGUCUAAAGUGCUAACUAAUAUUAACUUACUGUGACCUUUGGCUUUGACCUUUCUUUUUUAAAUACAUGACUAAAGGCGUAAGCAAUUUUUUGUCAUAUUUAAAGGAAGUUAAACUGCCAUUCAUUUUCUUCAAUGACAGUUGUUCCCCAUCAACAGUUAGAAAUUUUGUUUUGUACUUUUGUCAUGUUAUAUAUGACCAUUUUUCAUUAUAUACCCAUUGAACAGUGCUGAACUAUUUUGAAUGCUAAUGUUGAUGAAAUGAGUCGAGUACGUUAUCAUGUAUUCACAACACUAAGGGCAAGAUGGCAUAAUUUUGCAUUGACAUACAUGUCUCUCUAAUAUUUUUCAUUAAUCAUAUGUAAAUAGUUAUUAAUCUUGUACUCCUGUUUUUCAUUCAUUUAUUUCAAUUUGUUAUGUCCUCAUCCCGUACAUGAAUCACUGGCAACUAACGAUUUCUGUAGUGUUUAUAUAUACCAUUUGAACAUGUUUUAUUGAUGUUUUGUAAGCUGUUUUUUUUUCCUCUUUUUUCUUUUUGUACAGAAUAUGGUAUAAUAAUUAUGUGGUAAUGUAGCUUUGUUAAAAACCUUAAAUAUAUGAUGUCAAGUCAGUGAACUAUGAUAAAAAAGAAAAAUCCUUCAUACAGGAUAUUUAUUGUUAAA